AUGCCCAUCAAGCCUCUUCAAUACUCGCUGACUGGUCAUCAAGAUCUUCUCAUACUAUCAUCCGAAGCCAUGAAGCAUCCUCCCGUCCUUGGAAAGUACAAUACCACUCCACACCAAUGCCCUAGACAAGCAAUUUCAAACGCAAAGCUAUUAAAACUCACCCAACAAUUCCUAUCCACCACAACGCCCUCAAAACCAAGCCUAACAGCGCUCCCCAAUGAACUCCUCAUACUGAUAUCAAAAAGUAUGAACCAAACAACCCUAUCAGCAUUCACUCAAGUAAACAAAACCCUCCACGCCCUCCUGGAGAAAAACCUCUACAAAUACAACGCCCGCUACAACUGGGGCGACGCACUAGACUGGGCCAUGCAGCACGGGAACCUAGGAGUAGCUCGCAAAGCAAUUGAUGCAACCACCAACGGAAUCUACAGGUCGCGAAGGGAACACCUAGGCGUAUUCCUAGUGGACGCGGUACAUGCAGCGUGCGAAGCAUGGCCGCACCCCUCAUCAAACAACUACAUUGCUAUAGCAGAACUGCUACUUGCAAGUGGCGCCAAGGCCCGCAACCUACACGAAAAGACAAAAUACGUGCCUAUCUAUGAAGUUGCGCAGGCUGGUAUUACUCAACUUGCCCGUUCUCUGAUUCGGUACGGGUCGCCUAUUGAACCGCCGUUUGGGGCUUGUUCUUCUGCUACUCGAUAUACAACGCCGCUUGUACCAGCGACGAUAAAUGGGCAUGUGGAGAUUGUUGAGUUGUUGCUUGUUUAUGGGGCGGAUGUUAAUGGGAGAGUUUAUCAGCGCAGGGCGCCGUUGGAUUAUGCUUCUGAGGCUGGGUAUCGGUUUCCUGAGAUUAAACGGUUAUUGGAGAGUUAUGAGUAUCAGACUAAGAAGUUGCAUGUUGUUUCGAGUAGUCGUGGUUGGGUGGGACAAUCUUGCUUUUGA